UGUGAUCUCACCCAUUUGAGUAACUUCAGGACAGCCAGUCUGUCUCACGAUGCUUUACAAUGCUUUAUUAUCACUAACGGCAUUUAUGUUUUGUUUUAGUCUUUUCCUGCUGCACAGAGCCAGUGUUUUAGAAAAUGAUUUUCGCAAACUCCAAGGGGACAUAAUUCUACAAUUAAAUCGGCCACGUUCUGAGGGAGUCAAUGGGAAAAUGGCCAAGAAGUCUCAAACAAGAGAGGACAUAAAACCAAAUGCUUUGAAAAAAGCUCAGAGUUCUCUGAAGACGUCUGCUAGGAGAGUCAAACGGGAACAGGGCGGCUGCAGAGCUUCAACCUCAUUCCUGCAGUUAACAGCUAACACUAACAAACAGCCAGAUAUAAGAGGAAAUAUAGCAGUGAUCCCUUGGACUGUUUCUGCACAGCAAGGAAAUGCAAUUGCACAAAAGGAAAACAGAAUUGUUGUCCAAGAAGAUGGAUAUUACUUGGUGUUUGGACAAGUAUGGUGUCACUGUAACUCAAGCAUAACUAAAUUGAUAUUACAUCUGAUUUGUUCCAACUGUUCCGCUAAUGUUCUGCUUUAUUCACAGGUUUUGUUCAAUAGCCCAAGUACAGUUAUGGGUCAUAUCAUUCAAAGUUGGGGUUCCACCAGAACAGGGACAACAUCAACAGAGCUGUUGUGUUGCCUGCAAAAGAUGCCUGAUGAAACUCCUGCCAACACAUGCUACACUGCAGGCAUAGUGCAUCUGCAUCAGGAUGAUGAGCUAGAAUUGGUGAUACCAUACAGAUCCCAAGUCCUCAUCUCUAUGGACGCAGAAUCAACCUUUUUUGGUGUCAUGCAGCUAAACUAAGACAAGACACUCUGAAGACGAUAACUAUGCAGCUCGUUGCUGCAGGAUGUAGGAAACUGACAGUGUGCUGUGUGAGGGGAUGCUGAUAAAGGACCAAGUGACAGCAGCAGUUAAACUGUCGGGACCUGUCAUUAAUAUUAGGAAAAUACAUAAUGAUCUUUUUAAAUGCUCAUCUCAUGUGUUAACUUUUUUCAAGAUAACAAUCCUUUAGCUGUAAACUAUUAUGUUGCAUCUUUCAGGUAAUUCACCAGGGCCUGUUCCCGAGCAUUGUUUAUGUGUGCUCCUUUCAUCAGUCUAUUUUAGCAUGGCUCUUUAUACCUAGCUGGGGGCUUCCCUCCAGCUCCACCUCCGUGCUGUCUGUUUAUUUGUUCCUCUCAUCUAUUUUAGAAUGGUUUCCGUUUUCCUAAGACUAUGUCAGGAACAAACAAUGUAUAAAUGUACAUCACUCUGGGGGUAAUUUCCUGGUUGACACGAACUCCUCAACACUGUAAAUACUGAAAUACGUCAUAAUAAAAUUAAAGUAGUUAUACAUUGGAUAAUAUGCCUUAGUACAAAUAGUUUCAAUUGACAUAAAGGUUCAUAACUCAUUUUGAAUGUAUAAUCUGUAUAAUUGGUCACAUUAAACAGAAAUAUGUCCA